GCUAUUUAGUAUAGAAGUAACCUCCGGGGAGCGUGUUUCGGAGCUACGAAAAUUAAUAUCACAUACGUCAUGGGUUGUUCUACGAUAACGGUUAAGUUUCUAGUACUCCUUUUCAACUUCCUGUGCGCGGUACUGGGCCUCGCAACAAUAGUGAUCAAUGCAUUGGCCAUCAAGGAUAUGGCGCCUGAUGGGCGACCCAUUCUGUGGGUAUUCAUAGCACUGGGUUCGAUAGUCUUCCUGACCUCAUUUCUAGGCUGCUUUGGUGCCAUCAAGGAGAGCAUCUGCCUGACCUGGACGUAUGCCAUUACUAUGCUUGCUCUCCUGAUCAUCUCGGUCGUUGUCCUAUUUGUUUUCCGGAUGCAUAUCGAAGGCGCUGUCACUGCCGAGGAUGAGCUUAAUCUUGCUUGGCAGAAGCAAAAGAAUGGCACCGAUGCCAUGUCUGAAUACCAGAACCAAUUCCAUUGCUGUGGUAUCAACGGGGUCAAGGACUAUACCAUCGCAAAUCUGACAGUUCCCGAGAGUUGCUUCGAUCAUGAUACGGCCUACACCGUGGGAUGCCUGAAGGAAAUGGAGAGCUUCUUCGAUGGACUCUGGCAGGGUCCAAAGAUUGUUGUCUGGAUACUGAUGGUUAUUGAGAUCGCUUCUUUCACAUUCUCAACGAUACUGGGUGUGACUUUAAGGAACGAGCAACGUCGCUACGGGUACUGAGAUAUAUGAAUCAGUAAAACUAAGCUAGAAGUAACGAUCUGACUGCAUAGUAUAUUUAUAUUAUUUAACGUUUAUCUUGCACUUUUUGUACCUUGCCAAAUAAAAUUGUUAUAGUUGAAGUAAA